GUUAAAAUGCGCACCAGAAAUGAAGUCCUACUGGAGCAUUAUGGUGUCACGACCGAUGAGGAGAUUUAUCACUUCCAGUGGGAAGCUUUCGAGCGCUAUCGCCCGUCAGCCGACCAAGUGGUCGUUACCAAAUUCCCGUAUGAAGCUCCCGAGCACCCAGGUAUACCUUCAAUGGCCGAAAUUGAAAAAGGAAUGAGAGAAAAUAUAAUAGCUCAGCCCGGCGGACUCUUCAAAGUUUGCAGAGUCGGCAAAUGCGUUGUUAAAAGAAGCAGUGACUGGGCCAUACUACAGGAAGCUGAGAACCUAUUGUUUCUAGAGAAACACUCCAAAGUCCGCACGCCAAAGCUGUAUGCCGCCUUCAUCCAGCCUGGAGAGCGCUUUAACGUCCACUACAUGGUCACUGAGUUCAUUGAAGGCGAGGUUUUUGACGAGGCAAAGUGGCUUGCUCUAGAUGAGCACGCGCGGGAGACUAUCUGCUCAAAGCUUUCAGAGCAGUUCCAACGACUCCGCGCCAUUCCACCCGAAGGAUACUACGGUCGAGUCUAUCACCAACCCUUAAGGGGCGCCUAUCACGGCUUUAUGGUUAAUAUUAGAGGCAUGUGUGGUCCCUACGAAACCUACGAGGAGUGCGCUUCGGCUAUGUAUGCUUCUGCUGAGCUGCGCGGAGCAGAUUCUUUUGGCGAUUUUCCUGACUAUCUUCCCCAUGUGAAAGCGCUCUUGCCUCAAAUCAAAGAAGUCCUGGAGAAAACACGCGGUUCUAAACCUGUACUUACCCAUAUGGACCCUAAGUUUACCAACAUCCUUAUUCGAUCUAUAAAAGGAGCUGAAGGGAAGAAAGAGGAUUGGGAAGUUGUGCUCAUUGAUUGGGAAAGUCUCGCAUGGCUACCAGCCUGGCUUCAAACCGUGGCAUUGAACAAUAAAAUUAGCUUGUUUGGCGAGGCUAUGGCAGUGUUUAUGCCGAGGGUGACAGGGGGCUUUGGCGAGCCUUAUACACUUGAAAAGAAAAUUUUUAAGAAAUCGUGGGAGAUUGGUUACUCUCUUCCGUAGAGAGUCGAACAUUUC